AGAAAAGUGCUAACAAGAAGUCUAGUAGUGAUUCCGAGGAUAAAGAUGCAAGUGCAACACCCUCCACCUCGACGAAGCCGAACAACACGAUUACUUCUGACCAAGUCAGCAACCCUGCAGCGACAGCCACCAUGUCUGAGAAGCAGCAACGCGAACAGGAAAAUGCUCUGCUCAAAAAAUACAUCCUUGAUUCGCGAUCAUCCGAUUCAGACUCAGAAGACGACGAUAGCUCUCCUUCUUCUGCUACGCAAACAGCCAAAGCAGUUUCUUCAAAAGUAGCACCAGUUGAAGCUGAAGAGCCCGAACAAGAUUCAGACGCGGAAAAAGCCUCUGUUUCUAGCAGUGGCUCAGACGAAGAAGAUGGAGAUGCAACACCCUCCGCGACCUCGACGAAGCCAACCACAACUCCUUCUGAACGAGCGAAAGCCAGCAACAGCAAGCCUGCAGCGACAGCCACCAUGUCUGAGAAGCAGCAACGCGAACAGGAAAAUGCUCUGCUCAAAAAAUACAUCCUUGAUUCGCGAGUAGACAUUGACACAGAAUCACCAUACAAGAAAGCCUACCAGAAGGCACAGCAACGCCUUCCGGAAAUCAUCAAAUGGGAAGAACAAGGAAAACUAGCUUCUAGUCAGCCUCUGCAAGAAUUCUUCGGGACUUCGGCAAAACAGGAAGCACUGCUGAUUAGUUUGUUGGGCACAAGUUAGAAUAGUUGGUGACUAUAGGGGUCGUGGCUUUCAUAAUAUGGAGGUGGUACUCACAACUCAAUUUUUUCUACUAUCACCGACCAAACAUGAUGUUGAUGACAAUCUUUUUUGAGGUGCUUUGAUGGCAUCAAAUGAAAUUACACUAACCGACCGUUGACGUGGUGUCCCCACGAUCUCGCAAGCGAACCCUUUUUAUGCAUUGAUUUUCGUUGGCGAACAACGACCACGCAAUUAUUGAAC